AAUCCGCUCCCUGAGGAGGAUCGAGUAACCACCGAGUUUAUCUGGAACAACGGCCAUUAGCUUCCCCUCUCUUCUUAUUCUGAAUAACGAAUGCUGAAAUGAGGUGAGGAGCAUCGAUUCUGAAAAUUGGUGGAGGGUUUCUGUAGGAAAAAAAGCAAAAGAAAGAGUGGUUGGGAACUUGGUCAAGAAAAGCAUGGCAUUUCAUCUCCCUGCAGCGGUUCGUUGUAAAUGUGCAAAUUGGGAGAUGUGAUAUGCGUACCAAGGGCCGAUUUUUAAAAGUUGAUGCUUGUUUUGGUUACCCAAAUGAUCAAACUUGCAAGGCAGGUAUCAUUCUUUGUUCAGCUUCAAGAGGGAGACGUGGUUUUGGGUCUCAACCUUCAAGCAAAGAGAAGGGUAAUAAUGCCAAGGCCCCAAGAGAGGGUGGGAAUAAUUCAUCGCAAGACUCGCAGCAAAGAAAAUCCACAUCUAGGAAAUCUGAUACAAUAAUUGAUCAGGCACCUGGAUUAGCUAGUGGUUUAAGCGGAACAUCUAGAAAUGUUGUAUCGGAUCGUCAAUUUGAAGAGCGGUUGGAAGUGGUUAGAAGGUCCGCACUUGAGCAAAAAAAGGCAGAGGAGAACAAAACUUAUCAAGCAAUUGAUUAUGAUGCACCGGUUGAGUCAGAUCAGGGUUCAAUUGGACUUGGUACUAAGGUAGGAGUUGGAAUAGCAGUUGUGGUUUUUGGUCUUGUGUUUGCUUUGGGAGACUUUCUUCCUUCUGAAAGUGUUGGCCCCAAUGAUAGUACAACAGUUGAAAAGAAGCUUACAGAUGAAGAGAAAGCAACUCUGCAGAAUAGGCUUCAACAAUUUGAGGCAACGCUUAAGAUCUCCCCAAAAGAUCCAGAUGCUAUCGAAGGAGCAGCUGUGACCCUGGCAGACUUAGGAGAUUAUAGCCGAGCAGCCUCCUUACUUGAGAAGCUUCUUGAGGAAAGGCCAAAGGAUUCAGAUGCAUAUCGUUUACUUGGAGAGAUAAAAUACGAGCUCAAGGAUUAUGAUGGAAGUGUUGCUGCCUACAGGAGAUCUGCAUCUGCUUCUGAAACUAUUAAUCUUGAGGUUCUGCGUGGCCUUACAAAUGCAUUGCUUGCUGCUAAGAAACCGGAUGAGGCUGUUCAAUUACUUCUGGCUUCUCGUGAAUUUUUAAACUCUAGAAGCUUGGACAAACGUAACAUUCAGGUUGAUGGUAAUAGUAACCUCAACAUGGAAAUGCAGGAUAUCGAUCCUAUUCAAGUUGAGUUGCUUCUUGCAAAAGCCUAUUCUGACUGGGGCCAUGUCAGUGAUGCUGUAUCUGUUUAUGAUAGACUCAUUUCUAUGUAUCCAGAUGACUUUCGGGGAUACUUAGCAAAGGGAAUCAUUUUGAAAGAAAAUGGUAAAGUUGGUGAUGCUGAGAGGAUGUUUAUUCAAGCGCGAUUCUUUGCACCGGAGAAAGCCAAGGCGCUGGUAGAUCGCUAUUCAAGACAGUGAUCCCGAUCAUGCACGCGGAACUACUACAUUUACCCAUCUCUUUUAUUUAGUUAUUCUGUACAGGUGUGAAUAGCGAUGUGGGAUGCACUAAUCAUGCAUGCCCUCUGAGUAAGAUGAAGAUUCAAAUGUUUUUACUGACUAAUUUCUUGAGGUUUCAAAUGGAACAUCUGUUUCCC